AGUUUCCACCGCGUUGAUGGGCGCGUGAAGUGAGUGAGUGCUGUGGUAAGUUGUUCAGUGAAACGCACUUCGCUGGUCAGCGGUCGGUUCGUGGACGGGAAUAUAACAGACACCAGAGGAUUCCUGCUCUGCCCGGCUUGGGGCUUGCGACGUUGGAUAUCCUCCGAUUGUUGCUUAAUCGAGAGAACUCACCUGCCUUCGUUGCUAUUAAGUAACUCUAAAAGCAGAACUUGGAUUUGUCUGUAUGGAGGAAAUGAGGAUUUCCUUUUAAAAAGUUGCUCUGUGACUCUCGGCCCCCGACCCUCAGUCUCUUAAUUUUGCUGUAGAAGUAACGGUUUUUCGAACAUCUCUCUCUCUCUCUGGUGCUCAUCAGGGAGGUGAUCUCACUGCAUAAUGACUUUCUGUUUGUCUGGUAUUGGAAACUUUUCUAAGCUUUGGAAGAGCAACCCGUACCGAGGGCUGGGCCCAGGGCACUCUUAUCUUGCUCUCUUUGUCAGAGACCACUGUGGCAUCAGGAACCAACAGAGGUGGUUUUCCCUUAAAACAAUAUCUCCACAAAAUACGAAAGCAACGAAUCUUCUGAUUGCCAAGGCCAGAUAUCGCAGGAAAGAUGAGGACAGUAAUCAGGUUUCUUCUGAUUCUCAUUUUUUGUCAGCUGGAGCAGCUAAGAAGAGGUCACAGAUGAAUCCUCAGAGUAAGGAUCCUGUCAUGCCAUCUGUGAGGAACACUAUUCAACUCCCAACAAAACCUUUGAAUUCAGAGGAGUGGGAUAAACUUAAGGAAGAUUUCAAAGGAAAGGCCAAUUUUGAAAGUUGGAUUGGCUCACAGAUGGCUCACUCUCAUAGCUCUGUGAAUGUAGCUAAAUCUCUGCUGGCAUGGGUAGCAGCAAAAAACAAUGGUAUUGUAGGCUAUGAUUUACUGGUCAAGUAUUUGUCUCUCUGUGUCUUUCAUAAGCAGACGUCAGAAGUUAUCGAUGUCUAUGAAAUAAUGAAAGCCAGAUAUAAGAGUUUAGAAUCUGGGGGUUACUCUCUUCUCAUCCGAGGAUUAAUCCAUUCAGACAGAUGGAGAGAAGCCUUGUUGUUGCUAGAGGACAUCAAAAAAGUCAUGACUCCUUCAACAAGGAACUAUCAUGAUUGUAUCCAGGGAGCUCUUCUUCAUAAAGAUGUAGACGUAGCUUGGAAUUUGUAUCAGGAAUUGCUAGGUCAUGAUCUUAUUCCUCUGUUGGAAACUUUAGAAGCCUUCUUUGAUUUUGGAAAAGAUAUAAGGGAUGAUCACUAUUCAAACAAAUUGCUGGACAUUCUUUUGUAUCUAAGAAAUAAUCAACGAUAUCCUGGGGAAUCGUUUGCACAGAGUAUAAAAACAUGGUUUGAGAGUCUUCCUGGAAAACAGUGGAAAGGACAAUUCACCACAAUACAGAAAAGUGGUCAGUGUUCGGGCUGUGGAAAAACUAUAGAGUCUAUUCACCUGAGUCCAGAAGAGUAUGAUUUUCUCAAGGGAAAAAUCAUGAGGGAUGUGAUAGAUGGAGGUGACCAAUAUAAAAAGACAACACCUCAGGAACUUAAGAGAUUUGAGAACUUUGUAAAAUCUUGUCCUCCAUUUGAUAUUGUCAUUGAUGGCCUCAAUGUCGCCAAAAUGUUUCCUAAGGCUCGUGAAUCUCAAGUUCUCUUGGACGUAGUUUCUCAACUAGCCAAGCAGAAUCUGCGACUGCUUGUCCUGGGCCGGAAGCAUAUGCUAAGGCAGCAUUCCCGCUGGAGACAGAAUGAUAUGGAAAAAGUGCAAAAGCAAGCUAGCUGUUUUUUUGCUGAUAACAUCUCAGAGGAUGACCCAUUCCUUCUGUAUGCAACACUGCACUCAGGGAAUCACUGCAAGUUUAUCACAAAUGACCUGAUGCGAGACCACAAGGCCUGUCUGCCUGAUGCCAAGACUCAACACCUGUUCUUUAAGUGGCAGCAGGGUCAUCAGCUGGCAAUUAUUAAUAGGACUCCAGGAUCAAAAAUAGGCUUUCAGCAUAUUCUCAGCUAUGACACAGUGGUGCAAACAACUGGAGACUCGUGGCACAUCCCAUAUGAUGAAGACCUGGUAGAAAGAUACUCUUAUGAAGUGCCAACCAAAUGGCUUUGCCUCUACCAAAAAACAUAAAGAAUCUUCCCCCCAUACUAAGUUUGUUUUGGGGUACCCUUCUGGUUGGCAUUUAGAGCUCUUGAUUCGAUGUUUGUGUGGAGCAUUGCUUCUGUCCUGAAGAUAAAAGGAUCCUGUUAACA